AUGCCUUCCUUUUGGGCUAGCGUCAGCACCACACCUUUUCUCUGCAGUUUCAUGUUGGGUCGCGGAGACCUUACGUGCGAAGGGAUGUCGAGUGCUAGUCUUCCUAGACGACUACCUUCUGGUCAACCAAGACCACUCCAAGUUAAGUGCUCAGGCCUCGGAGGCCGUGAGACACUUGGAACACCUGGGUUGGAAAAUCAAUUACCAAAAAUCCGUAUUGGUACCAACCCAAAAUUUAGAAUACCUUGGAAUUCGCUGGAAUACAACGGACAAUGUGAUGUCGCUACCCAAGGUAAAAAUACAGCGCAUAAACCAUACAGUAGAACGGACGCUGUCAAAAAAACGCAUCAACCUCCGCGAGUUACAAAGUCUGCUAGGGCAACUAAACUUCGCAAACUUUGUCGUGCCCCGCGGGAGGCUUCAUUGUCGCCAGGUACAGAUUUUUCUGCGACACUUCAACAAGAUGCGACCUCGUCGAUGUCAACUGCUGCCUCAGAUUGUAGUGCAGGAACUGAUGUGGUGGCUCGGAGCUACUCAUCAGACGACACCUAUACACAAAGAACCUGCAACCCACUUCCUAGCGACGGACGCUUCGGAUUGGGGUUGGGGGGCACAUCUAGACGGGAACCUUAUGUCAGGAAAAUGGUCAUACCAACAGAAAAGGUGGCACUGCAACAAAAAGGAACUAUAUGCAGUGAUAGCCGCAAUAAAAAUAAAUGUAAAAAUAUUACAAAACACACACGUAUUAAUACAAUCGGACAACCGAACUCUGAUUGCAUACAUUCAAAAAGAAGGUGGAACGAAAUCGAUAGGGUUACUGACACUAACCUUCAAAUUAUUGCACCUGACGGACAAAUUCAACAUAACUCUGUCGGCACAUUACCUACCAGGGAGAUACAACAUCAUAGCGGACAGAUUAUCAAGGGGAAAAAAGCCUGCGGAAUGGCACCUUCUUCCUCAAGCAACAGCCGAGAUCUUUCGGAAGUGGGGACAUCCGGAGAUAGACCUAUUUGCAACAAAGGAGACUGCAGUAGUAAGAAACUACGUAUCAAUAAAUUGCAGAGAUCGAUCCGCAAAUUACAUAGAUGCCUUCAGCAGAACAUGGCAUUAUCGUCUAGCAUGGGUGUUCCCCCCUCCAAGUCUGUUACCCAGAGUUUUAGCACACCUGAACCGGGCGACGGGAACCUAUCUGAUAGUUGCUCCAGAUUGGCCGCGAGGUUUCUGGCUUCAGGACCUGAAAUCCAGAUCUCUAGAUCACCCCCACGAAAUUCAACACCUAUCGGAGACACUCAUAGAUAUGACAACUGCACUGCCUCCUCCACAAAUACAAACAUUGACCCUAAAAGUUUGGAAAAUUGGGGGUGGGGUGCCCAAAUAAAAGACUGGUCCAAACAGGAAAAAGAUCUACUUUUGAAGAGUUGGCGUCACUCCACCUUGUCCACCUAUUUACCCGCAAUCAAAAGAUGGCUCUCAUGGUGUGACAACUCUCAAGUGAACCCAAAAUCCCCUCAACCAGCCGAUAUUGCAAAAUUUUUAAUGUCUCUUUUUCUAAAAGAAAAUUUAUCCUAUGCAACCAUCCUUGUUCACAAAUCGGCUAUUUUAACUUUUUGCGGUCCCCAUGUAGAACAACAAACAUUUUCAAAUUUUAUUAUUAAACACACCCUUAGGGCAAUAGGAGUAGCUAAACCAAAAGUCGUGAAAUCAUCCGUCACGUGGGACCCGCGGAUAGUACUAGACUGGCUUUCUUCCAACCCUCCUAAGGACACUUUAUUCGAUACGGCUCGCAGAACAGCCACAGUAUUGCUUUUAGCAUCGGGCCGUAGGGUUCACGAUUUAACUUUAUUAAAAAUUACUGACGAGCAUUUCGUGGAUGAUGGUGAUAACAUUUAUUUAACACCGACAUUCGGAUCUAAGACAGACACACACUCAAGACGCCAGUCAACAUGGAAGCUUUCUAAACACCAUGAUAAAAACAUAUGCCCUGUCACUUUAGUUAGACUCCAAAUAGCUAUGAGUAAUACAAGAAGAUCUCAAGUAAAAAAUUUAAACAAUAUUUUUAUAUCCAUUAACAACAAAAUAAAAGCUGCUUCGCGAACCAUAAUCGGAAAUUGGGUGCGCACGGUUCUCAAAGAUAGUGGAAUCUAUGCAUCUCCAGGGAGUUGUAGGGCAGCAGUAGCUUCUUUGGGUUGGGUCGAAAAUCAACCAAUAGAUGAUAUUUUAGCACGGGGUAAUUGGAAAUCUUCAAAUACAUUUUUUAAUCAUUACUGCCGCGAGAUAGACUCUCGUAAAGAAAAAUGCAGCUCUUUCUUUAAUACAUUUGCACCAUCGUAAUUAUAGAAACAGUAAUAC